AAUUUUUAACAAAUUCAUUUUUCAGAAAAAAGUCCGAGGGAAAAAAUAGCAAUGGCGCUCAGUUCCAGUUAAAUGGGAAGUCUGAAUAAUGCCUGUUUUUGAUGGCUUGUUAAAUAAACUGCAAGAGGUUAGUCUGUCUGAUUUGAACCACGAGUUGGGCAAGGCAAAGGAGAGUCUGGUUUAUGAAUCAUCAAAUUAUCUUCAGACAAUAAGAGAAGACGCUGUUCAUGUUGGUGGACUUAUUAGAUCAGAAUCUACUCGGUUUGGUGAUUAUUUUGGACGAAAGAAGCCCGGGAUAAAGAAGAGCACCAGCCUACCGGUCAUACAGGCACAACAUGCUCCAGGAACACAGGUACUAGGAGACAAGUAUCGGUACAAGAGUACGGUAAACCAAGAAGAAGUUAUUGUAUCUCCAACAGAUCUUGUCGAUCAAGACUCAGUCGUCAGUCGGUUUAUAAAGGUCGUUGGAUCUCAAUCUCCUGAUCAGAUUGCCCCACGUGCACAGAGUCGCCUGAAACCAAAUACCAGGGAGGAUAUCCGGCGUAAACUCGCAAAUUUUGGAGAACCAGACGACGACGACAUUCAGGCUGAGGAUAAUAAUCUUGAAAUCUGUUUUAUCAACGAGACUGCCAGUGAUGAGAUAGAAGAAGGAGUGUGUUUAAACCCUUUAGCGGAGGAAAGCGAAGAAGAAGCUGAUGAAGAUGAAGAUGAUGAUCUAGAUGAUUCUGAAUAUCUGGAGGAUUCCCGUGUAUUCCCAAGAUCAAAAUCUGAGUGGGAGGCUUUCAGGAGUCCUGAGCAUAGUACCUUGUCUGUAAGUGAGUGCUCUAAACCUGAUCCAAGAUCUAGAGCUGAAAGGUUGAAGAGUCGGGAAGAAAAAAGGAAACGGAAAUGCCAGCGUGCAGCUAGGUUGGCUCUCGCGCAAUGUGCCCAGGUUGCCAGACGCCAACUUCUUGUUGAGAAGGAACAAAGAUUAGAGACAACGAGACUGAAGAAGAUAAUUGGAUUAAACCAUUCCCAGUUAAACCAGACUAAUCUUCAUCAGUUUAAUAUUUCAACCCUUCAGGUGAUUCUAAAUGAUGUACGAGAAAGUAUUGAAUUGAAUAAUGCCGAACUGGUUCAACUCUUAAUCAAAAAGGAUGAUCUGCAGUCUGAACAAGAAUCUAUGCUGAUAGAUAUUGAGGACAUAUCACAGAGAAGAUAGGUUUCCCCCCCGGGCCGAUCAGAGAUUAUAAUUGUUUCAUCAUCAGCAUCAGA